ACCGUAACGAUAUUAAUGAGACUUAUCGCUAUCGAAUGCCUAUGCUAUCGAAAUAUUGCGGCGAAUGCGGUUUGUUGUGGCGCGGCGAAUUAAAUUGAAGAAAAACAACGCGCCGCUUGGCGUACUCAAAGUUAGUUUCUAUAAAAAAUUAAAAUGGAAAUAAACGAUGGAGAUUUUCAAGAUCUACGUGCUAAGCUGGAUGUUAUGGGCUUCAAGCAGGCACUACCAGUGCUAGCGGUGCCAUUAGUAGGAGCUAUAUUCGGAGAUUUGAUAAGAACUACAGAAUGCCUGCGAGACACCAAAACGAGUUUGGCCGAAUUAUUGGAGGAGAAAACAUGCUGGGAAAUGGGCGUGGAGCCCUACAAAUGUGACAAUGCACGUUUGCUGGCCGAGUGCAAUGAGCUGCACUUGCAAUUUGUAAAAGAGCGCGAGGAUUUCGAGUUGCGGCUUUGUGAUGCGGAGCGACGCUUGCGCAGCCUGCAAACGGACAAGGAGCAUCUACAGAGCCACAAUGCCCAAUUGCAAAACCAGCUGGACGCAUUUCUCUCCAAGCAAUUGUUCACGGCUACCAAUGCUAAGCGCUCCCAGCUGGGCACAGCGCGUUCAACUAAGAAGCCUUUUGUGUCCACUGUGCGCUCUGGCGAUGUACUGCCGCCCGUGCUGGGCAACUUCGCUCAGUCGACGCUCAAGUGCACCAAGUGCAACGUGGGCGUAGUGCAAAAAACUACCACUACCAAUAAGGAUGGCGUCACUGUAACCCAUACUAGUGCACCCGAGGAGGUGGACCGACUGCAGAACGAACUAACGGCUUGCACAGAUCAGCUGGAGUUUUAUAAGCGCAAAGUGGAAUCACGUAAUCGUGAAAUACGACGUUUGAAUGAUUUGCUGAUGGGAGGACGUCCGCCUGCGGCAUUGGCCAAGGACUGUUGCUACAAGGAAGUGGGUGCACUGUCGCAGGACAUAGAUUUGCUGCAGCGGGAGAAGACUGAUUUAAUGUCACAGAUGCGCGAGUGCCAAGAUAAAAUGCAUGAUGCCAUGCAGCGUGCACUGCGUACAGAGGAUGAGAAGCAGCGACUGCAGCUGCAGCUAAAUGAACUUAAGGAGGCUGCGCUGGAGAUGGAACAACAGGCAAACUCAGAACUUGAUGCGCGCGAACUGGAGGUGCAGCAGCUGCAAGUGGAGUUGAAGCAACUGAAGGGCAAAGCGCCGCCGUUGACUGGUCAUGAGGACAAGCGUAAGCUGCAUGAGAAGCUCAAUGUGCUUUCGCGUCGCGCCGAGGAGCUGGAACUGCUCAAUGAAAAGCAGAAAAAGAAGCUGCUCAAGAUGCACACCAAGAUGUGCGAACUGCAGAAAGAGGUGCGUGACCAGAGCUCGGCUACGCCGGAUGAGGAGAAAAUCAAGUUACGCUCUGAGCGCGACUUCUUCCAAAAGGAAUACCUGCGACUUAUGGCCAAAUCCGGCUCGGACACAGAGAUUGCCUUUCUGCAGCAACAAAUCAAGUCAAAGGACGAGGAACUGCGUCUUCUGCGCUCCGAACUGUGCAUGCAGUCAGCCCGCAAGAGCGAUAUCUUUGACCAGCAGACGCCGUCCACGGCCUGCAGCACCAACAGCAAUCGCAGCGAAUGCGUUCAAGCUGCCAUUCAACGCGUGGAGCGGGAACGUGACUGCGCGCGAGCAGAGAUGGAACGUAUGCGCUGUGAACGCGACAUUUUGCGUGAGAAACAGCUCAGCAGCGUUCAGCUGCACGCCGAGGAGCUGCAGAGUCUGCGUACACGCAACGAGGAAUUGAUGGACCGCUUGCGGCAAUUGGAACAGGACAUGCGUGCCGUUAACGGAGCUCGCUAUCCCACCGAAGCGCAAAAUGCGAUCUUGAAGGAGGAUCUAGCAGUGCUUAAGGAGCGCAUAGCUACGCAGCUGGAGGAGAUUGAAAAAUUAAAGCGUGAGAAUUCGCAAAUUACCUUGCUGAAUGAUCAGAACGAGCGUAUUGUAGCCGAUUACCAGAGCAAGUUGCUCAUUGCUGAUCGUCAGCGUCAAGCGGCGGAUGCACGUGCCAGCACCAUAGACUCUGGUCGGGAAUCCAAUCGCAAUGAGGUCAGCCAGCUGCGCACAGAGCUUGGCGCACUGCGUCAGACGCUCAAGUCGCUGGAGCAUGAGAAGGAUACGCUAAUGAAUCAAUUGGAUAAUAAGACUGAGCGUUUGUAUAAGCUGGAAUAUGAAAACAAGGAUUGCAAGGAGCAGCGAAAUUCAUUGGAGCAAACAGUCAAGGAGCUAGAAAGUCAAAUCAGCAAACUGACUUCCAGAACGCGUCAGCGCGACAGCGAACUGUGCGAGACGUCGGCGGAGAGCAAAACGCUGCGCCAACAGAUUGUGGCACUCAAAGCGAGCCGCGACGAGGCAAUUGCGGAACAUAGACGCCUAACGGAUAAGCUCAGCGAUGCGCAAGUCGAUGUCAAGACAAUGCAAACUAAGCUCAGAGAUUCGGAGCAGCAGGUAAUCAAUAUGAAGCAGCAGCUACACAAAUAUGUGCAAGAGGUGAAAAAGGCAGAGGACUUGCUCAUGAAUAAGUGCUUUGAAUUCAAGGAAAAGGAACGGGAGGAGCUGCUCGACUACUAUCACAAUCUAACGCACGAUCAGGUGGAGCUGGAGGGCAACAAUCGUAGCCUGGAAAUCGAGGCAGAAGAAUUCAAACGACAAAUCUGCGAUUUGGAAUGCGAGGUGCGUUCACUGAAGGAUCAACUGCUUUGUCGCCAGUGCACCAUAGAUGAUCUGGAGAUGCAGCUGACAGCGACACGAGCCUCAAUGCGCUGCCUGCAACGCGAGCUGGAGAAUGCACGUGAUCAUAAAAUAGAAUUGGAUGUGCGCAAAGAACUCUGUGAUAAGUUGGAUGUGGAGAAAGAGAAGCUGAACGCAGAGCUCAAUGAAAUGAACGAAAUACGCAAAAAGCUGGAAAAAGAAUGCGAAAAGCUGCGCAGCGAACUGCAACAAAAGUCGAUGCUGAACCAGCUGACCACAGAGACAACAGAGCAAAUGCUGGAGCGCAUUCGUGGCGAGAAACAGCGACAAGACGAGGAUGAGCUCAGAUCCAAAUGCGAAAUGGACCGUUUGCGACAGCUGCAUGAGAGCACACUGAAUGAACUGCAGGAGGAGCGCGCGCGUUGUAAUCAGCAGGAGCGUUUGGCCAAUGAGUAUGAACAGCAGGCACGCGAGCUGCGGCAAGGUCUAAGCGAGGAUCGCUUUUGUCAGGCACGCUCGCGGGACUUAAGCUCCAAGACGCCACCGAAAACGCUGUAACUGCAACUGACUCUGUUGUUGGUGCUUGUCCUUC